GCACGUGGAAGGGCAGUAUUUCACAGAGCCGGUAGAGAGAGAGAGAGAAAGAGAGAGAGAGGAAAGAAAAGAGGCUUCUUCUCAUUAGAGGAGGUGGAAGCUCUCCAAGAUCAGUGCGCUUUUUGUCUGACGCACUCACACUCACACACAUACUGUAGUGUUAUGAGUUUGAGGAAUCCAUCGGCUGUGGUAAGAGUGACAGGAACAGUCAGCCAGGAUUGAGUCACAGCCUUACACUCGGUUUAGACACUUUUCUUCACACUGGAAUCCACAGAAGCAUCUCAAAACCACACUCACACACCCUAAGCGUCAAUGAAGUGACUUUCAUCACACUUCUCUGAUGACAGCUUACUAAUUUUCUUCUUUAACCGGUAAUUCAGUCAGUCAGCAGAUGGAGGCUGCUCGUGGUGGAUCGUAAGGAGUCAGUGCGAGACAUUUAAGAGGAGUGUGUGAGGAUGGCAUGGGGUGUGUGGACAUUCAUGCUUUGCAUGACACUAAGGAUCAGCUUGGCAACUCAAUCAGCAAAGAGUGUGUAUCCGAGAUUACGACUAUCUCACAAAGAGUUAUGGGAGCUGAACAGGACAUGGCUGUUUCAGGCCGGAGAGGGUCGUCUGCAGCACUACAGUAUGUUCCUGGACGAGACUCAGGAAAGGCUAAUCGUCGGUGGAAAAGACAUCCUGUACUCUCUCAAUCUGGAGCGCAUCACUGCCCCUCACAAAGAGAUUCAUUGGGCGAGCUCUGAAGAUCAGGUGGAGGAUUGUUUAAUGCAGGGCAGAGAGAAGCCGGAGUGUGCAAACUACAUUAAGCUGGUGCAGCAUUAUAACAGCACCCACCUGUUAGCAUGUGGAACUGGAGCCUUCAGCCCAGUGUGUGCCUAUAUCAGAGUGGGUCAGGGAACACAGGAACGAGAGUUCAGUUUGGAGUCUGAUCACAUAGAGAGUGGCAAAGGAAGAUGCCCAUUCCAUCCCAACAGCCCUUCAGUGUCCACUGUGUACCGAGGGGAGUUGUUUGUUGGCUUGUACACUGAUUAUUGGGAGAACGAUGCCGCUCUAUAUCGUCUAGGCAACCACAGCUUCAUUAGGACUGAAGUGGGUGACAGACAGCAGCUGAAUGAGCCAAAGUUUGUUGGUUCAGCAGUGAUCCCUGACAAUGAUGAUCCUGCUGAUGAUAAGGUCUACUACUUCUUCACAGAACGAGUGGCCAACAUGGAUGGAGGAAACAAAGCCGUCUACACCAGAGUGGGCAGAGUCUGUGCGAAUGACCAGGGUGGUCAAAGAAUGCUGGUAAACAGAUGGAGCUCUUUCCUGAAGACUCGUUUGAUCUGCUCAGUGGCUGGACCCAACGGCAUUGACACACACUUUGAUGAGCUCGAGGAUGUGUUUGUGCUGCGGAAGAAAGAUGAGAAAAAUCCAGAGAUCUUUGGUCUGUUCAGCACCACCAGCGCCGUGUUUAAAGGAUACGCAGUGUGCAUGUAUAGCAUGGAAGAUGUCCGUGCAGCGUUUAACGGGCCUUUUGCACAUCGGGAACGUUCUGACCACCACUGGAAGGUGUACGAUGGCAGGGUCCCCUACCCGCGACCUGGAUCGUGUGCCAGUAAGAUAAACGGAGGCCAGUUCUCCAGUUCUAAGGCGUACCCAGACGAGGUUCUUCGUUUUGCGCGUUCCCAUCCCCUCAUGUUCCAGGCCGUGCAGCCCGUUCACAGGCGGCCCAUUCUGCUGGACACCGAAGGAGGACGUAAACUCACACAGCUGGCGGUGGACCGGGUGGAAGCUGAGGACGGACACUACAAUGUUCUCUUCAUAGGGACUGAUAACUCUGUAGUAUUAAAAAUGAUCACAAUCUACAACAAAGAAGCCGACACAGUUGAAGAGGUUCUUCUGGAGGAAUUGCAGGUUUUCAAGGUCCCUGUUCCUAUUACAGAGAUCCUUGUCUCUACCAAAAGACAACAGCUGUACGUGGGCUCUGAGUUGGGUGUAACGCAGAUCCGUGUGCACCAGUGUGGGCUGUACGGUUCCGCCUGCGCAGACUGCUGCCUGGCCAGAGACCCCUAUUGUGCCUGGGAUGGGUUCACGUGUUCCCGGUACUACCCCGCAGGCCUGUACACCAAAAGGCGCUUCAGACGGCAAGACGUCCGCCAUGGCAACGCAGUUCAGCAGUGCAAUGGGCUUCAGCUUAGUGAAGAACAAAGCAUCUCAGAAAAGCUGGUAUAUGGUGUGGAGAACAACAGUACCCUACUGGAGUGCAGACCACGAUCACUGCAGGCGUCUGUAACGUGGUACAUUCAACAUGGCGUGGAUAUGGAGGAGGUGAAAGGUGAUGAUCGUGUGAUUCAAACCCCCCAUGGCCUGUUGCUUCUUAAAAUAGCGAAGGGAGAUGCAGGAGUCUAUGUGUGCCAGUCCACGGAGCACGGCUUUGUCCAGACGGUGGUGCGCAUCACUUUGGAGGUGCUGGAUGAGGGCAAAGUUGAGGGUCUAUUACAUAAAGGGGAGGAGGAGGAGGAAGGCGAUUCUCUGCACAGACCUCCGCCCUGCCCCUUUCCCAGCCUACCCUCCGCCUCCUCAAAGCUCUGGUACAAGGAUUUCAUGCAGCUGAUUGGCUACAGCAACUUCCAGCGGGUGGAGCAGUACUGUGAGAAGGUGUGGUGCGUAUCAGACAGGAAGAGGAAGAACUCAAGGGAAUAUCACCCAAAUGGCGGUACACACCCGGGGCGGAGCAGCGGGCGAGAGCACGGGCACCUCGACAGACACAGUAAAGACUGUUAGAUGAGACAACAAACCAUUUAAACGCAUGCCCCGUGCAGAUGAUCAAAUAUAGACAUUUAUUAUUAUAUUAUUAUAAUUUAUUAUAAUUAUUAUUAUUAUAUAAAAUAAAUGACUGGUAAAAUCAUUUAAAGAAAUGUUUUAGAGUCUUACCGUUGCGUCAUUCAAUCUGUUAACCAUUACUCUACAGUUAAUAUGCCAGAUAGUUAAAGGUACACUAAGUAAUUUUCUCAUAGACUUCAUGGAUGUGAGCAAGCAAAGGUAUACCACUUACAUUAUGUAUUACUUUUGUAUGCUACAUUGCUGUCUCAUUACAUUUUUCUGAUGAUUUACACUGCUGUGCAAAAGUUUGGGAUCAGUAAGGUUUUUUUUUUUUUUUUAAGAAAUUAAUAUUUGUAUUCAGCAAGUAAGCAUUCAAAUUAGGGCUGCACAAUUUAUCGCACAAUACGAAAAAUAACAUUGAACUUAAAUGUAAUUUUCACUUAAACGCGAUUCUUAGUGCGAUUAUGAAUCGCAAAGGCUGCGAUUAUUUUUUUUUAUUAUUAUUAUUCACAGCUUGUCAAUGAAGUAUGGCUCCAAAUGCUAAUCCAUCUGAAAGCACUGCGAGUUUGAGUAGCUUAUAAUGUACAUUUGAAAAAGCAACACGCGUCAAACCUUUUUUCCAGACAUGAGAAGCAUUUAUUAACAACUUGUCCAACAAAAGACAACAUUUAAUAACAUGUUUUUACUCCAAACUCACUUCAUAACGACAGUUGAGCGUCCUUCUGUGAGAUGAUGUGGCUUCUUACACGUUUAUUAGUCAUGUUUAUUCAAAGCGUUUUAAUCUUCUUCUGUUUAUUUAGCCACAGCGAUAUGACCAGGGUUGCCAGGUCUUCACAACAAAACCCGCCCAUUGCUCCUCAAAUAUAGCCCGUUUCAGGGGGGGUCCUACGGUAAAAAUUGCGUUCCAGGAGGUAAAAUCCGCUUUUGUCGGGGUUCCCCUGGUAAAAUUCGCUUUCCAGGGCCUAAAUAUCACGUUAUUUGGGGUCGCUUCAACCCGCUGACAUGAAAAACAACCCGUGGUAACAGUGUAAAAGUAGUCCUAUUCCGCGGGAAAACAGCGGACUUGGCAACACUGGAUGUGACGUGUAUUAUCUUCUUCUGCAGCAGGGCGUAUUUGCAGUUUCUGCGCAAGAGCGCCCUCUGGCUUUCAGAUGGAGAAGCAUUUACUACUGAUCACAGAGUCGUACAGCUCUGACAAGCUGCGCAUAAAAUAAUCGCAGCCUUUGCCAAAUCGUACGGAGCCCCGCACAUGACAUGCAAGAAAAAAAAUUCAAUUGUGCGCACAAUUUAGUAAUUCGUUCCCUCGAUUUACUAAAUCAUGCUCACGAUUUACUAAUUCGUUCCCUCGAUUUACUAAAUUUAUCAAAGAAUCCUUGAAAAAAAUUGUUUCCACAGAAGUACUGAGCAUCAUGACUGUUUUCAACAUUGAUUAUAAUAGGAAUGUUUCUUGAGCACCAAAUCAGCAUAUUAGAACUAUCUCUGAAGGAACUGUUAUUUUAAAUUGUAAUAUUUCACAAUAUUACUGUUUUACUGAAUUUAUUGACCAAGUAAAUGCAGCCUUGGUGAGUAUAAGAGACUUAAAUUUAUUUUUAUUUUUUUUUUAAUCUUACUAACUCCAAACUUUUGAACAAUGCAUUUUGUUUAAAUUCAGUGAAUGAUGUCCUGUUAUUGGAAAUAAAAUAAAGCAAUAAGCCCCAAGAAGCUCCGCUCUGCGUCGAACAUUACAACACAGCUUAUCUGUUAUAAAUUCACUGUAAACCACGGCUUCACGGGGCUUAUUGCUUUUAUAAAAUGGUUACAACACAAUACAAAUAUCAAAGCCAAAAAAUAUGUAUUAAUGCAACUUUCAUGAAGUAAAAUCAUUAAAAGGCUUCCUUCUGCUGGAAAAAAAAUAGUCCCUGACCAUGAACAGCAACAGAAGUUACAUUUAUUGCGCCAUUAGAUAAGACAUGAAAAGACAGAUGCAGCAACAUACACAUUCAGUGGCGCAGCGAUACUUAUGUAAUGUGGUCAGCUGUAUGUUUUCGGCUUCGAACGCGACUCAACCGAUCAGAAUCAAGGGCCGGAACUAUCCAUUUUAUAAUGUAUGUUUUACAUUUUUAAUUCAGUUUAAUGUUAGUAACAGUUGGCAGUCUGGUCAAACAAUUCUUAAAAUAAUAAUUAAAAUAAAAAAAAAAAUCUUUAUUUGUGACACUCCAAAUAGUUAAAAAUCGGUUUGAAGUAUUGUAUUAUGGGAAAUAGAAUUCUUUAAAGUGCUGUUUACAUGUUUUAUAAAGUAAUAGGUCAUCUGGCUUUUCCAAGCAUACAGAAAAUUAGAGUUGUAUUGUUACAUACUGCAUGCAUACUACAGAAGUAGUAAUAGUUGGUAGCAUGUUAUUCCAAACAUAGCCAUGUAAUUACUUGGUGUACCUUUUUAAAUAGAAUGAGGAAGAAAAUGUGUAAUUGAUUUGAAUAUUUGUACAGAGAUCUUGUGUAACAUUUCAGUUUCAAAGAAAAUACCAAGGUUGCAUCUGAGGGGACAUGCAGUGCUACCUGACUGACUGGGCCGUUAAAAGACAAGGGGUUGAAAGACCCUCUCAGGAUCUGACAAAUGACAUUUCCUCUUGGACUGCUCUGAACAAUGACAAAUGGUCAAGACCGGUUGUCCUCUUGUCAACAAUGUGAGAUUUCCUAUUAGGAUUUCACUGAAUGACUUUUCCACUGUUGACAAUCUAAAUUCAGCAGUUCACAAGUGUCAACUUUGCGCACAUACUGAGUAUAUUUAUCUGUAUUUUCAUCAUUUUAUAAAUUAUUGUAGUUGGUGUAAUAUUUGGUAGUGUUUUUCUUAGAUGUUCUCGUAGUUUUAACUGGAUAUGUAUUACUGCAUUACAAUUUUGUAUAUAGGUUUUGAUCACAUCUAUAGCAUUUAAAUAAAACCAUCAUCUUCCUUGGUUAGUAUUUUAAGACAUGCAAUAUUUUUGCUGUGAACUGCUAAGUUAGAACUAUCAUAAUAUUCCAAUUAUGUCUACUGUUUUGGUGUGUGAUGUUUCAAAGUAUGUAAAAUUGUUAUGUGUUGUGUAAUAAAUACCAUAAAUCCACA